AUGAGAUCAUUGAUGCAGCUGCUGCUCCUGACGCUGUUUUUGGCCAUGCCGACGCUGGGCCGCAAGGUGAAGCGGAAGGAGGGGCACUAUCACCUGAACGUGCCACCACCACCCCCGCCUCCCUCACACCAGGGUCAGGGGCCAGUGACUCAGCAGACGGCAGUCAUCGAACACGAGGUUCCGCCUUACACCUUUGAGGCUAUCAACCACGACGAGUUUGAGGUGGCCAAGACCAAGCUACCACACUACGAGAGCUCCGACUACAUAGUUCACACACUGCACAACGGUGGAGGAGGUGGAAGCGGGGGAUAUCUGGCCGACAAUGGACUACGCAGCAUAGCCAAGGGAUCAGCGGACCAGGCUCUGUCCGCCGUGGCCAGUCAAAAUGCAGCCGGCAAGCAGGCUUCGUAUGUAGCCAAGAGCACUCUGGCCCAGGCAGCGGCGCAGGCGGCCGGCACAGCCGUGGCUGUGCUGAAAGGCAAGGAGGUGUUGCUCCACCGCCUUGAGGAUCAGAGCGUGGAAGCCCACAAGGCGAUGGAGAACGAACUGACCCAGCUGCAGCAAGCCAAAAGAUCGGCAAAGGCAGCCCAGUAUGCAGCCCAGCAGGCUAUCAAUCAUGUCAGUGUCUUAACUGCCGCCCUCAACAAUGCUCAAUCCGCAUCAGAACUGGCUCAGAAAGCAGCUUCCGAGGCAGCCGCCGAGCUAGCCUCCCAAAUUGAUAUGGUGGCCCAGGCCAAGGCUAAACUGGAGCACGCCGAAUCUCAUGCUUACGCGGCUCGCCUGGACUAUGAGGAAACCCGCGAUGCCGCAGAAAAGGCUACGCUGUCGGCCCAGGAGGCACAGCUCAAUGCCAACGAUGCAGCUAUCCAUGCGAACGUCGAGCUCAGUGAGUCAGUCCAAAUCCACGACAAGAGCGACCGGCAUCCGGGCGAGCCCCCUAGGAAUCAUCGACGGCCGUGA